UCGGCUGAUGAUAUGAAAACGCAUACGAUGCCGAGGAUCACAGCAUGAUCAACCGUCACUCUGUCCUCUAUAAGCUCCUAGCCAGAUGUGAGUGAAGUUUGACCGGCACAGGGCGUCAGUAGACUGUAGACUCGGCCAACAAAAAUAGAGACAGAGACUAUCAGUCAUGCCAGUCUCGACACAAACUCUCUACCUCGAUCCCGCUAUCCGAGAUUGGGUGCUAUUCCCUAUCACGCUGGUCAUGAUCCUCGUCGGACUGUUACGACACUAUGUGACGAUGCUCCUCAACUCGGCUCCCAAGAAGCUUCCAGCAGCUGAAGUCAGAGAACAGCGGGCGAUGUUGAAAUCACAAUUACUCCGGUCGAGCUCACCUCUCUGCCCAAUACCCCCUGCCGCAUAUACAGCCAUGUCGACCUCGCUGGCUACGGCCCUACGUUCUGGAGCAUACGUCAAGCCGGCUCUGAGUGAAGACCCGGACAAGGCGGACGCACCUGUCAAUCCUCUUAUGGAUCCCUCUCAGAUGGAUGGCAUGAUGGACGGGUUGAAGAAGCAGGCUGUAAUGAUGAUCCCCAACAUGGUCAUCAUGCAAUGGAUCAACACUUUCUUUUCGGGUUUCGUCCUCAUUAAACUGCCUUUCCCCCUUACCUACGGGUUCAAGGCGAUGCUGCAAAGGGAUAUCGCCACACCUGACAUGGAUGUUCGAUACGUUUCGGCGCUGUCGUGGUACUUCCUAAACUUGUUCGGUUUGAACGGGCUUUUCAAGCUCAUGCUCGGAUCCGAGAACGCUGCGGAUGGCUCGCGUGAUAUGGGGUCGCAGGCAAUGAUGGCGGGUGCUGCGAUGGGUCCCAUAGCACCAGGAAAGCCUGAUAUGGCCAAGCUGCACAAGGCAGAGGCCGACAACCUCGCCAUCGCUGAGGGCAUGUACGUAUGGGCUGGGGAGGGAGUGGAAGCGAGAGUUCUCAAGCUCUUUGGGAAGCAAGUCGAAAUGGAAAGCAAGAAAACACGAUGAGGUUGGAGCAUAACGCACCAUGGCGUACUAUUCUUGUACAAAGGUAUACGAUUCCAAUCAUUAGCAACGAGCUUG